AUGAUGUAUAGUUCUAGAAUGACGAAAACAGUAAACAAUGGACGCAGGAAAAUACGGAAAAAGUUUUUCCGAAAACCGCCAACGCAGCAAACAAGCGCGACGAAAUUGACAAAAUUGACAAAAUUGACAAAAUCUGAACAGAACACAACAGCAUCUCACCGCCAAAAAACCAGAACCAGCCGCACAAAUACAGAAACACAAACAGCGGAACAACUUUUACACAAAUUUCUCCGGGUAACAACAACGCCGUUUCGUGUGUGUUUGUGGUUGCCUCGUGAACUGGCUACCUGCUUCUUUUUUUUUUUUUUUUUUUUUUUUUUUGCACACAUUUCAGAUACUACUAUUUUUACCGUUACUGCUGGGGUUACUGUGAAAAAGAAGAAAUCUAAAACAACGUGA